UUAGACUCCUGUUUACAUUUCCUGAGGAAGGAGGCAGGUGGGCACUUGGCUAGACAUUUACAACCAGCCUCCUGGCAACUUCAAGAUGGAAAUUACAAGAACAGAGUAAGUAGCUGGACUUUGUCUCCUGUGGACACCUAAGAUAACAAUCAGGGCAGGGCUAAACUCUAUUUGAUUAAAAGAUCAAGAGGUCACAUAUUUCUUACCCUUGGGACUGGCAGACUCUGAACAUCCCCAGAAAGGCUCCUUGGAGGUCAAAAAGAAGGGGGCACCAUCCCAUAAUAGGUGAUGCCAAGGACCCCCUCACAGGGCUCUGGACUAGAAUCCGUCCUGGAAAGAAGUUGCACAUGUGUUUUGGGGAGGAUCCUAGGGCAGGGCAGGUGUGGAAAAAGAAACCAAACAAUUGGCCAAAGGUGAAGAAAUCUGGAUGAAGUGUCCUGUGUGAAUGACUUAACUGCCAUCUUAUGGGGCUCCUCCUCCUCAGGGGAAGGCCCACAUCUCUUCUCUCCAGGUGUGUAAUUCUUCCUCACUUUGGUCUGAACUGAAUAAGCAGUUUCUCUGUGCCCUCUGGCUUGUUGGGCUGUCUUUAAUCUACUUCGUACUCUUUUUCUUUGUUUUUGUUUUGUUUUGUUUUUACAGCUUUUGACUUCUUGAGAAAUGAAUAUAUCAAUGGGGACGAGAGCCAGGGGAAUCUUAUCUCUAGCCUCUGGCCCCUGGUGGACAAGCAGCUAGGAUUCCUGGUUUUCUCCCAGGCCACCUGGGUCCAAUUCCUGGGCAGAGAACUAAGCCACCGCUCACGCCUGACUCUAUCCGAGAACGUCUGAUGCUGAGACCCAGGAUUUCAAGGUAAACUGCAGGUCUCCCCAGGCUGCUGGCUGGAGACCUCUGAGUCUCUCUCUCUCUCUCUCCCAUGAGAACUUGCUUGCUCUCACUCUCUGCUUUGUUCUACUUCCAAGAUCCGCAGGGCUACAGGUCAGCUCAGUGAAGGAGCCCAAGUCCUGUUCUUCUUGCUCCUUUCUCUGUCUUUCGCUGGCUCUGCAGGAACUACAACUCCCAGCAUGCCCUGUGCCCAUCCUCUUCAACACUGAGAGCAACGCAGCGGGGGUCAUAGCUUGGCGCCUACCACUGCCUCCAACAAAUUGCUCCCUGCUACACACUGCACUUUUACUUCCCAGGAGUAGAAAAAUUACAACCCGCAGGCCCCACAAUCAGUCUUCCAUGUGCUUCUCCCCAAGCAACCCACCAGCAGGCAAAUUCUUCUUGUCCUGUGAUUUUCUUUACUUGAGAAGUAAAGAAUUGACUUGAUUUUACUAAUUAGAAUUUACUAAUUUACUUGAGAAGCAAGGUUUCUUUUUCACCUAAGCCUUAUGUCCCCUUCAGUUUUACCUUAGACACCAAACAAACGGGGUGAUAGACCUGGGGCUAUUUCCGCUGUUUUAUCUCCAUGUCCACAAAUCCGCUGUGAGACUAUUCUCACCACUUGGCUCUCAGGUCCUGACCCCCGUGGCCUUCUCCCUUGUAGCCAACUCCAGUUCCUCCAGCAGUUCUCUGCCCCUCCAGGCUGACAGCCAUGCACUGCAAGGGGCACAGCCUACUGGGCCGGCCACGUCCACGCAGACCUCACCGCUAUGGCGGACGCUCCUCGAGGGGCACCCCGGUGACGCUGGCACUGGUUCAAGUGUUCCCUCAACCACCAACCCCCCACUGCACCCCCGCACCUGGGAAGCCCUCAUGGGAGGGACUGGGUCAACUACAGACUUCUGGUCAGUGAGCGAUGGGAGAGAAGAGGACUCUCAAAAUUCCAUCACGCACAGGAUUCAAAGGAAAUUCAGAGGGCAGCCUGGGUCUCCCUCAGGGGCCACCGAGUCAUGUUUCUGGGAGGCUGGACUUCAUUUCUAGGAGUGCUGUUCUUGGUUGCAGGUUGUUCAACCUGGGACAUUGUCCUUUUUAAGCCAGAUGGGCCAAGAAAGAGAAAACUUAGAUUUGCUUUAAUGAUCGCUGGUCUUUAUUUAAGUUGAGGGAUGGAAAAUGACCUAAAAAAAUUGGGUCUCUGGAUUAUAAUAUUAUACUAUAUUAUAAUAUUAUAGUACCUUACAAUUAAAUCUUUAUUGCCAUAGAUGGGAAAAUAAACUGAGAUUACAUGUCCUAUUCAUUCUAAAUGAUCCCCUUCUAAUUUUUCCCAGCUCUCUGAGGGAAACCAAGCUUCCCCAACUCCUGCAAGUUCCCUUACUGCUUCAGAUUCUUUGGAUUAAAAGAUGACCCCCUUCUUUCCAGAGAAAUAGUCUUUGCUGGUACAACAUUUUAUCAGCCACUUUCCCCCUGUUACCAGGGCCAAUUUGAGAACUCUCUGGUCUAAAAUUAACCUAUGAAACUAUGACUACAGAAAAGAAAGAAGAUAUGUUAUUUUAACAUUGUGUGGCCACAAUAUUCUCUGGACUCUGGAGAAAAUUUAAGAUUAAAAACUCUGUUGAAGAAAAAAUACUGGUUCUUUUUGCAUGUGUAAUUAGAGAAAAUUGACUUUUAAAAUACUUUUUAUUUUUCAGAAUUCUGACCCUUAAAGAACAACUCUUGCUAGGAGAACAUGAUUUUCUCUGCCUAUGCCUUGACACCAGGGCUCUUAGGAACACUUACCCAAGCCAUGUCUAAUUUCUGAGACUAAGGAUAAAACAUGGAAGAAUCAUUUAAAAUUUUUACUUAUUACUUAUUUAAAAACUUUAUAAAAAUUUUACAUAAAUAUAUUUAUUUUAAAGAGUAACUGUAUUUUACUGUUACAGUUAUUUACAAACUAGUGAGUUUCCUAUUGUAAUAGCUGAUUCAUGGCUAAGUUUAGAAAAUGAAACCGUGAGGUCUCUGUCUGGAUUUACAUAUGUCUCAGUAUGUGUCUUUGCUUUUGGAUAGCGUUGCUGAUUUGUAAAGGACCGCUAUUAAAUUGGCUUAAAGAAAAGAAAGCAAAUAAUUCUAAAUACAAGAAUGAAGCUAAAUGCAGGUUCACACACUCCUGGAAAUAUUCAGUGUUAAACUGAUAUCUGACCUUAAAGUCAGUUUAAGUUUGUUAAUACAAAAACAAACUUAGAAUAAAAUAUCUUCAGAGUCAUCAAUAUUAAGCAUAAUACUUUUACUGUAACUGGGUUGCCUGAAAGUCACUAAAUUUAUGUUACAACAUUUGUUAGUGAGAAAAUUGGCUUGGCAUAGGAUAAAAGUUUUUGAAUGAACACUUUAGAAAUAAUUAUGUUUUAGCUUUUCUAGGUUUUAAGAGUUGAGGAUUCUAUUUGAAAUAUAUAGGUAAAUCUACUAGAAAUAAUAACGGAAGCAUUUUAGCGUAUAACAGGAAAGUAGGAUGGAUGUGUAUUUUCAGUAAAGAAGAUAGGAGGAAUAAAAUCACACUUCAUUAAGAGAAGUGCUCCGCCUCGCUUUUCUUCAAGCAACUCUUUCCGUAAUUUUGAAACAUCUUGAAAGAUUCACUUAGGUUUAAGGAACCACAUCUCAGAGAUAGAGAACUUGCUCAAUAUCUCCUCUUACCACCUGAUCCCAUCACUCUGUCACUCCAUGGAACUGGACUCCCAGGGCCAAGGGUAGGUGGACAUUCUUGACAGCUUGCUGUGUUGUUUUCUCAGCAGAUCUGAGCCUCCUUGAUUCUCUAGGAUGUUGUGUCAGGAUGUUCACCAGUUUGGUCAAAAGCUGGUCCGUAGGCGGCAGCUGGAGCCCAGGGAGGAGUCUGAGAAGGGCAGGGCCCACUGUCUGAACACCAGAGACCUGACAGCCCUGGGUGUGAGCAGUACCCUAGGAGCUGGCGUGUACAUCGUGGUUGGAGAAGUGGCUGUGUACGAAGCAGGACCAGCGAUCAUCAUCUGCUUCUUGCUGGCCGGCCUGUCGGCUCUUUUGUCCGGGCUCUGCUAUGCAGAGUUGGUGGCCCGGGUACCACGCUCUGGUUCUGCGUAUCUCUACAGCUAUGUCACCGUGGGAGAACUGUGCGCAUUCAUCAUUGGAUGGAACCUCAUCCUGUCCUUUGUCAUUGGCACCGCCAGUGAGGCCAGGGCCUGGAGCAUCGCCUUUGACAGUCUCAUUGGGAACCACAUCUCUCAGGUGUUCCAGGGAACUCUCUCUCCAUAUAUGCCCUACUUCCUGGCCAGGCAUCCAGACUUUUUUGCCCUGGUCCUGGUGCUGCUGCUCACAGGACUACUGGUUCUGGGACUUCAUGAAUCAGUCAUGCUUAACAAAGUGUUCGCAGGCUUGAACCUUUCUAUUCUCAUCUUCAUCAUCAUCUCUGGCUUCAUUAAGGGAGACCUGCACAACUGGAAGCUCACAGAACAGGACUACACGUUGAACACAUCUGAAUCCACUGACACCUCUAGCUUGGGUCCUCUGGGUGCUGGAGGGUUUACACCUUUUGGCAUUGAAGGGAUUCUCCAUGGAAUAGCAACAUGUGUCUAUGCCUUUGAUGGCUUUGAUGUCAUUGCUACUACAGGAGUAGAAGCCAGAAAUCCUCAGCAUUCCAUCCCCAUUAGCAUCGUGAUCACGAUCUUGAUCUGCUUUUUGGUGUAUGUUGGUGGCUCAGCAGCACUCACCCUCAUGAUGCCCUACUACCAGAUUCAUCCUGAGAGCCUCCUGCCACAGGCUUUCCUCAGUGUUGGGUGGGGCCCUCUAAGAUGUGUCCUGGCUGCUAUCACCAUCUGUGCUCUUUCAUCCAGCCUCCUGGGCACCAUGUUCCCUAUGCUUCGUGUGAUCUACACAAUGGCAGAGGAUGGACUCCUUUUCAGGAGACUUGCCCAAAUCCAUGCCCGCACACGAACUGCCAUCUGGACUAUCUUGGCUUCUGGAAGUCUUGCAGCGGUCAUGGCACUACUCUUUGAGCUCACUGAUCUUGUGGACCUCAUGUCAAUUGGGACCCUGCUCGCUUACUCCUUGGUGGCCUUUUCUGUGCUUGUCCUCAGGUAUCAACCAGAACAGAAUUUAAGCCAGAAUGAGACAGCAGAAGAGGAAAUAGAUAUUUCUCAGUUGGAAGCAAGACCUUUACAAUCUGUACCUGAAGCAGAAAAUUCAAGGAUUCUGAAGACUCUAUGGUUCCCUUCCAGCACCAUCCCCACUCGGAAAUCUGGGCAGAUUGUCUAUGGAUGUGCCUUCCUGCUUGUUCUCCUGCUGAUGGUCCUGAGCCUGAUCCUGGCCCUGUUGACCAGCCGUGUAUUCUCUGGACUCUCAGUGUACACGACAGUGGCUGUGCUGCUGCUGCUCAUCAUUGGGGUCACGGCCGUCAUCUGCAGGCAGCCCCAGAACCCCUCUCCUCUUCACUAUAAGGUCCUUUGUUGGCCCAUCCUCCCACUGGUGAGCAUCUUUGUCAACGUUUAUUUGAUGAUGCAGAUGAACACUAGGACCUGGGUCCAGUUUGGCUUCUGGAUGGGGAUUGGAUCUGUUGUAUACUUUGGAUAUGGGAUCCGACACAACCUGGGGGAGAGCAAUGAUCAACAGCCGCCGGCCUCCAAUCCCAAAAUGCUUGAUGGAAAUAUCCCUGGUGAUGAAUCGUCUUAACCACAGGACAUAGAUGCUGUGUGGAAUCCCUCCAGACUCAGAAGUAUCUUCCAGUUCAAGUGGCAUUUUGAGCCCCUAUGGAGCCUAAAGUUGAAAUGCAUUUACAACCAUGUGCUUAUUGCCAGCAGAUAAAACGACUUUACUGUUGAAUAAUUUUGAAGUAAACUUUUCAAAGCAAAAUAUAUAUUCAAAAAAGCACAUGCUUCAUAAGUGAGCCUCAAAGGUGAAUUUCCACAAAGAAAGUACAACAAAAUAACCAUCAACCAGAGAAAAUACUAAAAUGUUAAUGGGUGUAUAAGAAGCACCUUCUUGUGUCUAUUUCCACUGAAAACACAGAGAUUGUGACCUGGGAAGGAAAUGUAGGUAAGUGUAUUUUCUGUCCAGGGUUAUACUUUAAACAUCAGGACAUAAAUAGGUUGGAAGUAAAAGGAAGGGAACAAACACAUUGUACAAACAGUAACACAAGAAUGCUAGGGCAGCUAUCUUAUUACAGAACUAAGUAGAGUUUAGCAAAAAGAGAAUAACAGAUGAAGUGGAUCAUUGAGUAAUGAUAAAGGGAAAUGCUCGUUUUAAUCUCUUCCCCCAGCUUAUUGAGAGGUAGUGUAACAUCGUCCAAAUGAUCAUUUCUCUUUACUCUUCUGCGGUAGAAUGUUAGAGUUGCACCACAGAGUUUAUGAGAAAAAGUUCUUAAUUGAAAAAACAACCAGGACACCUGCAUUGCUAGAGGAAGGGGAACGGGAUGGGGAGGAAUAACUGGUUGAUGAAUGCUUACAGUUGGGUGAAACUAAAAGCUAGAAAAUGAACCUAGAGAAACAAGAUGAGAAGUGGUUGCUGCAGAACAGAAUGCUUGAAACUGAGGUCAUGGACUUUAAUGAUGUCAAUGAUAAUGAUAUAGAGGGUUGUUUGUGGGAAUGAACAACUGAAGUAGAGUAAAAGGGGGAUGGAAGUCAAGAAACUAAACAGCAAAAUUAUCAGAUGGAUUAAAGAAUAAAUGGAGAUUAACAGAAUUAGAGAUACCACUAUCUUGCGAGUUCUAAUGAAAUUACUGGAUUAGAAAUUAAUGGGGACUGAAACUGUCAGGUGAAGCUUCGAUGGAAGAGGUUGACAUCACCCGGUUGUCAGUCUUCCCUCACUGAUGUGGGACACCCGGGUAUUGUGCUAGUCGGUGAGCUGUGAUAAGCAGUACAGAAUACUUCCGGGAACAGAGCCUUGAUGCCAAACUGCAUCAGAAUACAAUCAAGCCUCUAGAGCAGCUCUCAGCUCACAGCAGAUAUAAAGGGUAGAUUCACAUUUCAACUGAAAAUGCAAUCAGCCAAAACCAGAAUGUGGGUAAUUCUCCAGGAAGGAAAAUGGUGCAUUUUCAUAACUAUUAAAUGGUAUGGGGAAUUCCCUGGUGGUCUAGUCAUUAGGGCUCCAUUUUUCCCCUGCAGGGUGUGUGGGUUCUGUCCCAAAUGGGGGAACUAAGAUCCCACAAGCUGCACAGUGCAACCAAUGAAAUAAGUGAUGUGACCCAAAUUGGAGAUUCAUUCAUUAAUCAAAUAUGAUUACCCAUACAGGUAUACACUGGGAAUAUUGCUUGUUGGGUCCAGAUGACCCAAUAAAAAAAAUUGGCAAUAAAAGAAGUCAUACACAAAUUUUUAGUUUCCCCAUGCAUGUAAAAGUCAUGUUUAAAAAAGUUAUGUUAUGCUAUACUCUACUCAGUGUGCAAUAGCAUUUUGUUAAAAAAAAAAAGUACAUACCUUGAUUUAAAAAUAUUUUUUCUAAAAUAUGGUAAACAUCAACUGAUAAUACAGUGGUCACAAAUCAAUUUGUAAAACAUGCAGUAUUUGUAAAAAGUGAAGCAUGUAUAUACAUGUGAAUAUAUCUGCACAUAGUAAGAUAUGUAUAA